AGUUGGGAAAAGGCUAGGCCGAUGAUGAUGAAAAAUGAUUGAGUGAAGUCGCGUGUAUGAAGUUGUAAACAUGUCACUUGUUCAUAUGUGCUAGUGCCCUGUUUUGAGACUUCAUGAAUACCUUUACGUUUUUAAUUACUCGACGCGUCUAAUUGCAGGUCUUUCGCUUAAUUAAGAAAUCGGUAGAUUAUUAGAUUGAGUUACAUUUUUGUUUACAUCCAUUAACGAUUGACGCGUCAACGGCUGAAUCGGAACACGAUGGAAGCUGCUGUUGUAAUACUUCUACUAGCAAUACAUACAGAAUAUAUAUCACCAAGCGUCUUACCUUCAACUUGUAUGGAUUCCCAACUUGACAUCUCGAACGAAACCGAUGAGACAGAGGCUUACAAUCAAGAAGAAAGUCCUAUUGAUGAAGUAACAAUGAAUGAUUCAACGGACGAAAAAACAGAAAGCGAUAAUCCAAGUAUUUCAAGAGAAUUCGGUUUUGAUACUAACGUUGUUACCCAUAGAGAAGUCAAGAGGAACACAGCAACAGUCGCAAACGUGAAUAGUUAUAGACCAACUGCUUAUCCUGUUUUGUAUAAGAAGGUUGAUCCAAAGUUAAUUAUAACAUCUCCAUUUUACCCUAUUCCCCAAAGAAGGGUUGAUAAUAAAAAUGAAAAUGAAGACAUAGAUGAAAAAUUCGAUGAAACUAUUUCUGUAGACCUAUUCGAUUCUUCUAUUAAUCUAACUGAAAUAGCCGAUAAUAAUAAUAGUUUGGUUGAAAGCGCUGAAAAGUCCAAUGACACUGAUCUUUUUAACAUAAGAUGGUUAAGAGAGAAUUUAUUGCAUCAUUUGCUGGAUUAUUUCUUGAAUAUUUUAAAAGAUGAACAGCAUAAUGAGACUGUUAAUACUGAAGCUAAAGACCAUAUGAAAAUUGAGGAUAGGCUAAGAAACUAUUACGAUCCUAAUCAAAUAGAUUUAGUUGUCGAUGAAGAUGAAGAAUUUGAUUACGAUGAAGAUGUUAGUGACGACUUUCGGAGGAAAAACUAUAAAGACAAAAGUAAUCUUGAAAAACAGUUAGAAACCUCUGAAAAUGUUACAGAUAUAGAUUCAGAGACGAAGGCUGUUAAACAGACAUGGAAUAAUGAAGACGAUGAUGAAUUUAUCGGUCCUAAUACAUUUUUAGAUGAUUCAAUAGAACUUGUUAAGAAAGUUGAUGAUGAUAAUGAUAGUUCGUUGAAAACGACAACUGAUAUGUCCAUAUCUGAUGAUGGUAGUUCAGAUGAAGAAGUUACAAAGAUAUAUAGUGAUGUGAUAACAACGGAAGCAGCUGCAACAGUUAAUACAGAUGUCGCCACGGGUGACACAACGACAGAAUAUCAAAAUUUUGAAGAUGAAACAUCGACAAUAGAUCAAAUUGAUUACUAUUAUAACGAGGAAGAUGAGUAUCAGGAGACCGAGAAUUUUGACGAUAAUGAUGAUGAUGAGAAUAAAGAAGACAACACAACGGAAAAUUCUGAUGAAACUGUAGAAAUCGUUGCCGUUAACAAUGAUAAGAUUAAUGAUACAAAUACAACUAAUUUCAAAAUUGAUGAUUUUGAAAAUCAAGCUAAUAAAAAUAACAGCAUACAAUUUGUGGUACAUUUACAAAAUGUUGACAGUUCCCAAAUUGAUGGCAAAAGCCCCGUCAAUGCGUCACAAAUUUUGACAAUACUUAAAAAGAUUAAAGAUGAUUAUAAAAAUGGGAAUAAUACGCAUCAGGAUCACAAAGCCAAGUCCAAAGGCCACCAUUGUAAAAAUAAUAUUCUUUUUAAUUUGAAUAUAAAUCUUAUUUAGAAUGUUUUUAUUUAAUUACCCUUAAAUUUUCUAUUCCAUUCACAGAUGUUGUAAUUAUGGUUCAAUAUGGGUCUGACUAUAAUUAGUAGGUUUGUCUGACUGUCAAACAUCUGAGCGUGAUGUGUCUCGGGUUCGAUCCCCGCUUAAGACACUCAUUUUGAGUGAUCUACGUAUGCUUCUCCUGAGUUUGGGUGUCUUUGUGCAUGUGACUUGAAUUUUUG